AUGACUAAAUCAACGGAAGCAACUUUAAUUAAUAAUUUACGACAUUAUAUUGCUCAAAAUUAUCAUCAUUCAUCAUUAUCAAUAUGGCAUAAAUUACCUAUAUCACGACGUUCAGCCGUUUUCAUUCUAUUAUUUAUGGGUAAUUUAGGUGAAUUACGAGUUUUAUUAACGAAAAGAUCAUCUAAACUACGUAAUUUCCCUGGUCAUGUGGCAUUACCUGGAGGUAAAGCUGAUAGUGGAUUAGAACUGGAAUGGCAAGUUUCCCGACGAGAAAUGCAUGAAGAAAUUGGAUUAAGUGAUAAUGAUGAAGAUUUAAAAAAUUUAGGAAUAUCAAUUGAACAUUUAACUCAAUUACCAAGUUAUUUAUCAAGAACUUUUUCAUGUGUUAAACCAUGUGUUGGAUUUAUGCAUAAUUUGAAUGGAACUGAUAAUGAUAUUGCUUCAAAAUUAAAUAUUGUUUUGAAUCCAGGUGAAAGUUCAAGUGUUUUUUCAUGUCCUCUAAAAGAUUUUUUACAUCCUACUAUUGAUAUCCCAGCUUUAGAAGCAUUAGAAAGAACUUCUUAUAAAGUAAAAUGGGGUGGUAUUCCUUGGGAUUUACGUUCUUAUACUUUUUUACAAAAUAAUAUUAAUGAAGUAGAAUGGUUAAAAAAUAUUAAAGAUUUACUGGCAUCAGAAGAAGAAUCAGAAUUAGAUUUAAAAUUGGGUGAUGAAUUAGAUUCUCGUGAUAAAGCAAGUGUAACUCCACCAAAUGUUACUCCUACAAGAUCUUUAAGUCCUGCUGCUGCUGCAACAACUAUUACCAAUAAAAAACGUGACAGACAUAAGAAAAAGGAUUUAUCAACUUGGGGUAGAUUAGGUUCAAGAAGAGAUGAAGAUACCAAUGAAAAAAUUUAUGAUGUUUGGGGAUUAACUGCUAAUAUAUUACAUGAUUUAGCCGAAAUUGUUUAUGUUGGUAAAGGUAAAGGUGAAGAUAAAGAUAAAAUUAAUCAGCAAGAUAAUAUUGGACAAGAAGAAAUGAUAUAUCUGUUAUAUGAACAUGGUAAUUUAAUGAAACAAAAGGAAAGAAAUCCUGAAGAAGUUAAAUUAAUUCAUGCUACUCAUUAUGAUAAAGAUAUUGGAUUUGAUAAAAUUUUACCUGAAAGUGAAUUUAAUAGAUUAAAUAGUAUAUAUAAAUUAUAA